AGAACACCUAAAAUAGCCAUGAUUUUUAGUACAUUGACACUGGAGUGUUCACUAAUUAUUAAGUGUCAUUCAGUGUAGUCUUAAGUUGAAUGACAAAUAACUAAGAAUGUCUCAAAAAAAUAAUAGUACAAAACAAAGUCUAUUUAAUUGUGUAGUUUGUGGUAUAUCUGCUCAUAGUAAAUGUGCAGCAUGUUCAUUAGUUUCAUACUGUUCUAAGGCACAUCAAAAAGCUCAUUGGAAAAUUCAUAAAAAUGAGUGUAAAUGUUAUGAGAUCUCAGUUGAUUCUCAAUUAGGUCGCUUUUUAAUGACAAAACGCAAUAUUAAUGAAAAGGAGUUAAUACUAUGUGAUGAUGCAUUAGUUAUGGGCCCUUUAUUUCCUAAAACAGAUCCUGUAUGUAUUAAGUGUUUAAAAAACUUAAGUAGAUCAAAUUCUGCAGUUGAGUCCUUGUGUGAACUAUGUUUAUGGCCAAUAUGUUCUACUAAAUGUGAUCCUUUGAAUUUUUUGUUUUCACACCAAGAUGAAUGCAAUAUUUUAGCAAAAGCAGCUGAUUUAAUCGCUAAAUCAAAUAAGUACCGUUAUGAAAUUUUAACUCCCCUAAGAUGCAUAUUGUUACAAAUAGUUAAUAAAAACAAUUGGAAUCGUCUAAUUGAACUACAGUCACAUUUAGAGCACAGAGGCCCCAAGUCUGAAGUUUACACGGAAAUAAAUUCUAUUUGUAAUUUCUUAAAACAGACAUAUUUGAGGACAUUUGAUUUUGAUACAUCUGAAGAAACUAUUCAUAAAAUCUGUGGAAUUUUGGAUGUUAAUGCUUUGGAUGUUCAACUUUUUGGAAUCUAUGUAUCAGCUAUAUAUCCUACUAUUAGUAUGCUUGAACAUAACUGUUUACCAAAUAUCAGAUUGUCAUAUGAUAAGCAUGGUUGUGCUUGUAUUUAUGCUGCUAGAAAAAUAGAAAAGGGUGAACAUUUAAGCACUAUGUAUACUAAUGCUUUGUGGGGUACUCGUGAAAGAAGAGACCAUCUCAUGUCAACCAAAUAUUUUAAUUGUAGUUGUAAAAGAUGCUCUAGUCGUACAGAACUUGGAACCCACUUCAGUACAGUUAUAUGCAAUGCUAAACAGUUUUGUAAAGGUAAUUUAACUCCUGUGAAUCCUUUAUAUGAAUCUAGUGAAUGGGAAUGUGAUAAAUGUCCAACAACUGUAUCAUCAAUUACAAUUGAUGGUAUUAUUGCAAGUUUAAGUCCAGCUGUCGAGAAAGUUCUUCAAAACCCAAGUAUCAAUUCAUUAGAAAUUAUGUUGGAAAAAUUAUCAAAAGUUGUUCACACAAAUCAUUAUAUGUGUUUUAAUGUAAAACAUACCUUAAUUCAGAUGUAUGGGCAUUUACCUGGUUAUAAACACCCAGACCUUACUCAAGAACUUCUGGAACGAAAAUUAAAGUUAUGCCGAGAAAUGUUUAGUGUUUUAAACAUUAUUGAUCCAUUAUAUGUACGAUUAAAUAUAUAUACUGCAGUUGUGCUAUUUGAACUUCAUUUGGUAUUAAUUGAAUUCUCAUCAAGAAUAAUAAAAAAUAAAUCUGAAAGUGAAGGAAUGAUAGAUGAAGCUAAGGUUGUACUUUUAAAAGCUAUAGAUAUCUUACAAAAUGAACCUGAAGAAUCCGCUGGGUAUAAACUAUUACAAGUGUACAAAUCUAGUCUAACAAAUAAUACAAUAAUUUUAUAAUUUAUAAAUUAUUUUAUUUUGUGAAUUAAUUAGUAUACUAAUUUAUUUAAAAUUAUACUUAAUUUAUAAUUUUUUUUUUAUUCUAUU